AUGAAACUUGUACUUCUUUCCGCCAUGGCUGCCGGCGCAGAAUGCUUUCUCCCUUCCCCAACCCUCGUUCAAGGGAAGGGCAUCCCAGCAUUGAGGGCUCAGCGCAACGUGCGGGCAAGCGAGGUGUGCAUGAGCAUGGAGUCUCAGGCCACCCGUCGUGAGGUACUGGCGCUGUCCUUGGCCUCCGCAGUUGCCGCCGCCAUCCCCUCUAAGGCUGAUGCUGCCGGUUUGGCCUUCGGGUACAGUGAGAACUUGAAGGAUAUGAAUACCCAACUGGAGGCCUACGGGCUGUCCAAAGUUGCGAGCGUUCCUGGAGGUUUCAAGCCCCUGAUGCAGACGAUCGGAGGGUCGGUUGCUGCUAACAUCGACGGCUCGAAGAUCAUGGACUCGAUCGGAUCCAAGGUCAGCGUCGGGCUCAAGUCGGGCGAGCGUGUCCUGGUGCUCUUCAACUAUCCUGGGUCCUGGAUUGUCUCUCUUCCCAUCAGCACUACCAACGGUGAGAGUGGAACAGUCUCGGCCGGCAACUACGUCAAGGGAGACAGUGCUGCCGUGUCUGCCACCAUCUUGGAGUCUGGGAAGAUCGUGGAGCAGGGCACGGAAUUUUUCGAGAAGCUCUUGACUCAGACUGUGAGCAACAAUGGAUGGCAAGGCUUCAAGGUCAUCAAGAAGAAGGCCAGCGAGCCUAUCGAUGGGAACGAGGCUGUUGACAUUGAGUACCGCUACGAUCUCAUCACCAGCGGGCCUGUCGUCGGCAGGCACGGCUUCGCCAAGCUUGUGGGGUUGGGAACCACUGUGGUUGCUCUCGGGGCGACAUCAGCUGACACUCGCUUCAAGAAUCUCAAGGAUGAUCUCAAGACGACUACUGACUCCUUCCGGGUCCACAUCGUCAAGCAGGAGUUCGAGAAAGCACGAUGA